AUUACCUACGCUUACAUUGCACCGAUCAUUAUCGCCUGUGGUAUAAUUGGUGACGUACUCACUGUCAUCACACUGACUCAUCCAUUGUUGAGGAAAUCUUCAAUCGUAUAUACGUAUCUCACCUUACUCGCCAUGACCGACCUAUUUACACACUUCUCAGUGGUGCCAAUGAUAAUGUGGUUACUUGACAUUCGUGCAUGUUCUCCGGCUGCUUCCUUCUUCUACGCUCACAUCGGAUUCCCCCUGUCUAAUGCGCUUAUGGGAGCGUCUGUAUGGAUAGUUGUAUUCCUCACUCUGUCGCAAUACAUGGCUGUUUGCCGUCCGUUUGCGUAUGGACUACGGUCACGGAGAGUUUGCUUCAUUCUUUUCGCUCUCGCAUACAUGCUCAACUUUCUCAUUUACGCGCCAUGGGCUGUAAAAAAGGAGGUCCACAACCUGAAACAAAUUGCUGGAGAGAAGGAUUUCCCGGCAGAUCUUUGUCCAUUCCUCGUUUGUGAUACUAGAAGAGCUCAAUGGUUCACAAUUUACGAAGCCGUUCGAGAGCUCAUCAGUCGAGUAUUUCCAUUUUUUCUUGUGGCCUACAUGAAUGCCAGAAUACUCGUAACCUAUAGAAACACAAAGAAAGAUCGAAUGCAGAGGAUGUCAGUCUCUCAAAAACGUUUCCUGUUCGAGAAGAGCGAGAAGGAGGAGAAACGGUUGUUUGUUCUACUGUUCGCCAUCAUCAUCGUCUUCUUCAUGUGUACUAUACCAGCAGCGCCUCUAACGAUCCUUGUCGCAGAUAAUAGAUCAGAUAAUCUUCCCUUUCAAAUUUUUCGAGCAACUGUCAACCUUCUCGAAUUCACAAAAUUUGCUUUAAACUUUUAUUUUUAUUGUUUGAUUAAUCCUAAUAUUCGUCGGAUUUGCGUGCAUGUGAUCACAUGCAAAAAAAUAUCCCGGCCACCGAGGAUAAAGGGACAUGCCACCACGCCCGUUUCUUUCCAUACAAGGUUUACCAAGAAUUCGCUCAACCAAGGUCGGGAAGGAUCCUACCGAAGUACUGACGGUUCUGGGUAUGUAUCUCACAAAGAAUAUUCUCGCAAAGACAUGCCUAUGGACUCUUCGUUUGAAAAGGUUACCGUCAUCAAAGAAGGUGACAAUCGCGUACAGGUUGAGAGCACAUGUGAAGCUAGUGAGCUUCAUUCUUGA